GAUUGUACCAUAGGUUUCUUAAACCUUGCUCAAAAGGAUAGUUUGAGUGUAUCCCACACAAUGAACUUUGUCCUCCAUGACCAAAAAAUAAAAGACAAGGAUGUGUAAUUCUCUACUCUAGUGUAGUUUUUUGAUUUUGGCAUGGUCCAUUAAAUCGUACCGUACCAGCGGUUCAACCACAAAAUAUCAGUAUCGGAGGCUAAACCGAUAGGCAGUAUUUAACGGUAUUAAUAGUUAAACUACUAUUCAACCACGAUUUUGCCGUAAAAUACCCUACCGAUACAGUCUCCGAUACGGUUUUAUGAACCAUGCUUUUGGGUGUUGCCGACAUGGCUCGUACUAGCCAGCAAAAUAUCAGGAGAUUUUUGCUGUGGUCGACCGUCUACGCAUCAUCUCUGGUACAACGAAAAUAAGAGGUCCAAACCCUACCAAGAAGAAAAUCGACGGCUUAAAAUGGCUGUUAGGCUUUCGCGGUUUUUCUGCCAACUUCCCCUCCUUUUCUUCCUCUCGUCUGGUUCCCAUUUCCGAGAAAACAAACAGAUUGAGGAAAACCCUCUCUUAUUCCAUUAUUAGUAGCAGUCAUUAUUCCUUCCUUCCUCUUUUCUUCCAUUUUUCUUUUCCUUUCUCCCAUCCCAUCACUUCCACUUUUCCUGAUUUACCAUUCAUUCAUUGAUCCCUUCUCCCCCAACUUACUUCACUGAAACUUUCUUUCCCCUGUUUUCCAUUUCUCUCCGAUGAAGGCCCUGUCAGCCAGAUACUGGGUUCAAUCCUUUCCCAACCGCGAACCCGCCAAGAUCAAAGGCAAGCCGAUCAGCCAACUGGGCUUUGCUCACUUCUCCGGUGGCAGAAGCCGCGGCGGCAAUGUCGGCUUCCCGCAGCUGGUUGCCGUUGCUUCUGGCAAGGGCUCUUCUUCGCCAACAUCGAGUAUGCCUGAUAACGACACCGAAAUUGGGAAGAAGCAGAACAUGCACGGAGAAGAAGAAAACAAGGGUUUCGUGCUUGACCCCGAGACUGAUGAUUCUGGUUCCGUUGUUGGCUUCAAUUUGACCUCUUCCCACCCUCUCACUGGUGAUGCCAGUGAGGUGGCAACUGAAGCUCCUGCAGAGGUAAUUUCUGGGAAGGUGGAGGAGACCGAUGGCGACAUUGAAGGGGCAGACGAAGCUCCGACCAAAGUGACACACAGUAUUGUCUUUGUCACCUCUGAAGCGGCGCCGUAUUCGAAGACGGGCGGGCUUGGAGAUGUUUGUGGUUCAUUGCCGAUUGCACUAGCUGCCAGAGGACAUCGAGUGAUGGUUGUCUCUCCAAGGUAUUUACAUAGCCCUGAAGACGAUACAUUUGCCGCUGCUCUAGAUGCUGACUGUAGGAUUAAGAUUGCUUGCUUUGGAGGGGAGCAAGAAGUGGCCUUUUUCCAUGAGUACAGAGACCUAGUUGAUUGGGUAUUUGUAGACCAUCCUUCUUACCAUAGGCCGGGGAAUCCUUAUGGAGACGUCAAUGGUGCUUUUGGUGAUAACCAGUUUCGGUUCGCUUUACUCUGCUACGCAGCAUGUGAAGCACCACUGGUGCUCCCACUUGGAGGUUUCAACUAUGGCCAGAAAUGCCUAUUCAUGGUCAAUGACUGGCAUGCUGGCUUGGUUCCUGUACUUUUGGCUGCUAAGUACCGUCCAUAUGGUGUUUAUAAGGAUGCUCGAUGUAUUCUUGUGAUACACAAUCUUGCUCAUCAGGGAGUAGAGCCAGCAGCAACUUAUGGUAAUCUAGGAUUAUCUCCAGACUGGUAUGGGGCAUUGGGAUGGGUUUUCCCUGAAUGGGCAAGGACCCAUGCUCUUGACACAGGUGAAGCGAUCAAUGUGCUAAAGGGUGCUAUUGUGACAUCGGACCGGAUAUUGACUGUUAGCAAGGGGUAUGCAUGGGAAAUUACGACCGUUGAAGGUGGAUACGGUCUUAAUGAGUUGUUAAGCAGUCGAAGGAUUGUUUUGAAUGGGAUCACGAAUGGCAUUGAUGUUAACGAGUGGAAUCCAUCGAGCGAUAAACAUUUAGAAGCCCAUUAUUCUGCUGAUGAUCUUUCUGGAAAGGUUCAAAAUAAGAUUGCUUUGCAGAAGGAAUUAGGUCUUCCUGUGAGACCUGAAUGUCCCCUGAUUGGAUUCAUAGGGAGAUUAGACUACCAAAAGGGUGUUGACCUUAUUUGUUGGGGAAUUCCUGAACUUCUGAAUGAUGAUGUUCAAUUCGUUAUGCUUGGGUCUGGAGAUAAAAUGUACGAAGGCUGGAUGAGAGAAGCAGAGGCAGCUCAUAAAGACAAAUUCCGGGGUUGGGUUGGAUUCAAUGUUCCAAUUUCCCACAGAAUAACUGCAGGCUGCGACAUACUGCUGAUGCCCUCGAGAUUCGAACCCUGCGGACUAAAUCAGUUGUAUGCAAUGAGAUAUGGAACUAUCCCAGUUGUUCAUGGCACAGGAGGACUUCGAGACACUGUGCAGACGUUCGAUCCAUAUGCUGACGACGGUAAAGGUGAUGGCACAGGGUGGACAUUUUCUCCGUUAUCAGUAGACAGCAUGUUAUGGGCAUUGAGAACUGCGAUAUCGACAUACAGAGAUCACAAAGAGUCGUGGGAAGGGAUGAUGAAGAGAGGCAUGGAGAAGGACUACUCUUGGGAUAACGCUGCUGUCCAAUACGAGCAGGUCUUCGAGUGGGCUUUCAUCGAUCCCCCUUACUGUUAGAAAACCACAGGACUACUACUACUACUACCACCACCACCACCAAAACAGCUACUACAUCAACCUAGCUUUCAUCAGACAAAAGAACCUCACAAGAUCCUCUUUUGCUGGCCCAGCCAGGCUUCCGUUACUCAUCAGCACUCCCUAGUUUUAUCGAUGUAGUUCUUAUAUAGUUGUUAGAUGGUAGGACCUGGUUUUAGCAGCACAAUGUGAUGUGAUUGUGGGCUCCAUUACCAGGUGAUUCUAUUUUAAUCAAGUUUUUGUACGUGGGUUGUUAGCUUCAAGCUGUACACAUUUGAUUUGAAUGAUUUUACUAGAUAGAAAAGAUGACAUAUUUGUUUGGUGGCUUUGCCAUAUUAUAAGAGAGUAGAGUAGAAUCAGAAUGUGCUCUCCAUCAUUCCCACCACUUCCACAUGUCUCAGUUUCUUUAUAUAUCCAACCCUUUCUUUUGAUGAACCAUCCAAGGAAGUGGUCAAUCAAGUAGAGCAAUAAACUUUGAAGUUUGAUCAACUAUUGAUUCUAUUCCUGGAAGGGAAAAAAAAAAAAAAAAAGACUAACAAGAGCUCGUCCGCAAGAAGGGAUCGAUUUGUCUGUCCUCUAUCGCUCUUCUUCUGUCCGGUAUUGGUUGCAAUGGAUCGGGUAGCAUUUAAAACAAUUCUAAAUGAACGUCAUUUGACUAA